CCGGCAAGUGUUAAUGUAUGUGCUCAGAACUCUGUCGUUUCAAGAAGACUUGGUCUCGCAGUCGUUCCGUUGCAUCUCUGAAGCAAACGACGAUAUGGCAGCUGUAUUGUGGCUCAAGUUGCAGAUUUGAAAACAUGCUCAACAAUCUGUGUGCACGCUCCAGAGGAGGCCACAGACGGAUGCGAGCACGAGUGAUUUGGAAGGAGGGCAGUGGUUGGAUCGUGCAAGGCACCGAUGGAUUGACCAGGACAUCACUGCUGCCUAGAGACAAGACAACACAGGCUGUGUGCCAAGGUGUCCCAAGGAAUUCAGCCCGGAUAUUUCUUCGUGAGCUUCAUACACAACGGUAUCUGUCAGUGGCACAGAACAAUCGCAGCGUACAGGUGGUCAUGACUCAGCAGCCAGGUUCAUUGUUUGUGGCUCACGUGCGUACUGGACGCGAGGAGCGGAACCGCAUUGGAUUCCAGCAUGAAGGGCUGCCAGCGUGUGGCUCGUUCUUGCGGGCCCACUGGCACCUUCAGGAGGUCUUUGGCUUCACAGGCACCGAGAGUCGUCAAAUGCAAUGCGAUGGCCACUACUUUGACUCCACAGACGAGUUCAAAUGGCAUCCGGAUGCCACUCUCCAGAGCCUUGGCGAGACGAUCCUAGCCUUGGAGCAAAAGUGACAUGGAGCGACUGUGGCCAGGCAUGCGUCCACUGGACUUUGGCUCUAUGUGGAUCCAUCCAAGCCAGAGAUCCCAGUGCUGCACGAGAUCCACAAGAGUCGUUGGGAGGCUUUGCCCACUACUACUUGAGCCGAGACCAGCUGUUGGGAUGAACUACAUCCGCAGCAGCAGGGAACAGCGGCAUGUAGAUGUCGGCCGUCUCACCUUGCAUACAUUUUAAAGCUCAGCUCACAUUUUCCGUGUUGCAUGGUCGCGUUGCAUCCUGCCCUACCUGCCUAGUGGUGGAAACAAUGGGCAGGCUGGUGCGCAACAGAAGAAUUUGUGUAAGACUGAUGCUGGGCCAGAAAAAACAUCGC